AUAAAUGGUCCACCGUGGUCUUACUUGAUUGACCUGCUCCGACAGGAAUCUAGUGACACCGAAAUUUUGCUUCACACAAUGAUCCUCAUAAACAAAGUCCUUGGUUCGGUUCCCGACCAGGAGACAUUUUAUGACAUAACUGACUGUCUUGAGGAUCAGGGCAUCAAGGAACUGGCAGACAAGUACACAAAAGAUUCCAAUGCCGAUGCAAACCUCGUGGAACAGUUCAAUAUCUAUGAGGCUAGCCUCAUCUUUGAAGAUGGCGGAACUCUUGCAACGGUCACUUUGACAGAUGAAAGUCUGAGUAACAUUCGUCGCAUCCCCAGGCCACAAAAAGCUGACCUAGACGCCCCCGCAAUGGGUACACCCCAGUCAUCAACACCAUCUCUCUUUGUUUCUGGAUCGACGUCUGAUCUCCAGAAUGGGAAACCGAGGAGAUCAAAGCGGUUCAGCAAAGAAGUAAAGGAUACAUCAACAGCAGCAGCUGACAGCGAUAUAGACGACGAUGUCGGCGACAGAAAACGUCAUCCACGAAGAAUCACCCAGGAAAUCAUAUCAGACAACCGAAAACACACCAUCGUGUUGCAGAAGCAGUCUGUAAGAGAGUUGAACGAACUCCUUGCUGCGGAAGAGCAGGCAGACGGCUCAAGCGAUAUUGACGAGCCCGAAGUUAAACCCGGAAGUGGCGAUAAGGAGGGUGAAGCAUUGGUCAACGGGAGUGAUGAACCUCCGGCGAGCGUUGAUGUGAAGUCAUUAAAGGAGCAGCAUGUUGCGGCCGCCAAUAAGAGUCUUGAACCAGACGCACCGAAACCCGCACCAGCCAAAACCGGCGCUGUCGCUGCGACUAAAGACAAACUGGCUGCAACUCUCGGUAAACUCCCGAUGGGCCCCCCAGACGGUCUUCAACCACCAAAAGUGGAGGUAAUGCGCGUUUCUGACACUCUACUCAAAUCCUUUGAUACGCCUGAACCACCACUGCCAGAACCAGAACCUCCAAAGCCACUGCGCGAAAGUGACAAGUUUUGGAUGGAACGAGAGGCGCAUGUAGCCAAGACUUCCCUUCAUGUGAAAGACCGUGACUUUUCUGACCUGACGGACUCGGAGGAGGAGGAGGAUGAACCAGCAGCCCAGCCGAAUAAGCGUGGUCCCGGAGGUGUGCCCCUACCCCCUCCACCACCGCCACCGCCUCCAGGCAUGGGGCUGCCGCCUCCACCACCACCGCCUCCAUCCGGCGGCAUUCCACCACCGCCCCCGCCCCCUGGUUCAAAAGGUAACACCACUUCCGCUUUGCCCCCUCCGCCUGGUUCGAACGUGAAGAAGGACAACAAAACCAUCCGCCUUCAUUGGUCCGAGUGGCAACCACGGCCUCAGGAUGUGGAAGCCAUGACAAAGGCAGUGAAAGCCAGGAAGCCAGACCUGCCUGAUGGCGUCGUCAGUCGAACACCCGCAAAGCCAUCGACCGCUGUGGACAAGGCUGAAGAACUCAAGAAAGCCAUCGAAGCCCUGAAGACCUCCAGCAUCUGGUGUGAGGUCGUGCCUGUCGAAGUGGACUAUCACAAACUGGAGAAAUUGUUUGAAAAUCGAGCCGCGGAAAUUAAACUUGUAAAAGCGGAGGCCGCUGGGAAGAAGAUCGAAAUUUUGGAUAUGAAACGUUCGAAUGCCAUUAAUAUUGGUAUGAAAGUUCUCCCUCCACUGAGUACCAUCAAUUGUGCUUUGAUGAAAAUGGACUCUUCCGUCAUCAACAGAGAAGGCAUUGAGAAACUUCUGCAAAAUAUGCUGCCAACAGAGGAGGAAAUAGACAAGAUUUUGACUGCCAAACGCGAGAACGAGAAUUAUCAGUUGGGAAGCGCCGAAGAAUUCCUUUUAACCCUCUCCGAAGUCACAAACCUGAAGCCCAGGCUUGAACUGUGGCUGUUCAAACUUGACUACGAGUCGACGGAAUCGGAAAUUAUUGAGCCUUUGGCGGAUCUUAAACAGGCCGUUCUGGAUCUGCAAAAAUGCAAAACGCUUCGUUAUGUCCUCUCGGUCGUCUUGGCUAUGGGAAACUUCCUAAAUGGAAGUGCUUCACGUGGCUUCAAUACAGAAUAUCUUUCAAGGCUUCCGGAAGUAAAGGACGUUGUUCACAAGCACAGUCUCCUCUACCACGUUUGCAAUACAGUCAUUGAACAGUUUCCAGAUAGUACAGACAUGCACUCAGAAUUGGGCUCGGUGUGUCGGUGCCACAGGGUGGAUUGGGAUGAACUUGACCGUCGGUUAGCUACAGUAGAAUCAGAUUGUCGAAGGGCUUGGGAGCAUUACCAACUGAUCUACAAUGCUAACAAGCAGAGAAACUUUACCAUUCAUAAUAGGUUGGCGGACUUCCUAAUCGAUGCUGCGGAUAGGAUAAUUGCGAUGAAAAUAGUAAAACGGCGGACCAUGAAACGAUUCAGGGAACUCCUACUCUACCUCGGGUUCACCCAGUCCAGGGCCGAAAACAUGUCAGUGGGCCACUUUUGUCGCAUCAUCGCGGAAUUCGCACUCGAGUAUCGCACGACCCGAGACCGCAUCUUGGAGGAGAAGGCACGUAAGGCCAGCGAGCGUGAGCGUCGAAAGACUCGCGGAAAACACAUCGAUGAGGCUCCACCAAUUCGUGCUACACAAGUUAAUAGUCAGCAGGCUGCUGACGAUAUUGAACUUAAGCAAGCCCUGUCUACCUGGCGAGACAGGACUGACUCCACCACUUCUCUGACUGGUGCCUUCCGUCCUAGCAGCCUUAGGAAAAGCGCUAUGCACUCGAAUGAGCUGGAAACGGCCAAAGCCAUAGCUACUGCUAUAAAUAUGACGUAA